GAACUCAGUCACUGUGCUAUUUGUUCCUUCUGUCUAAAAUGGAGGAAGUUUAAACCACGUCUUUUGUUACGAGAGCGAAGGCUUGAUAAAGCUUAAAGAACCCACUGAAAAAAACAGCAGUUUCCUGCUAAACGUCUACAUUGUCUCAGGACACUCUGGGCGUCGGACGUAAAGGAGAGUUAAAUUGUAACUGGUUAUAAUUUAAGGAUACAACAUGAAUCAUGGAGCGUUUUGUACAAGAGACUGGGGGUUGGGUGGCACUGCUCUCUCUCUCUCUCUCUCUCUCUCUCUCUCUCUCUUUCUCUCUCACGCGCGCACACACACACACACACACACACACACACACACACUCUCACACACACAAUUGCUUUAACAUGACCAGGGCCACGAUCAAAACAAGUCAUGCAUUUCCAUGCAGAACGUGUUUCCGACAGUCUCACGUUUUGAUCCAUCUUGAUGGCUCGGUGAAAGCAAGCGAUGCACUGACUUGUUAUUUUCCAGCGCCAAUGAAUUAAUCUAGUUACAUUUCUGUUUAUUUUUCCAGCCUAGAGUAGAAAUGAAAGCCGAGUCCGGGCCUAUCGCUGUUCGUAGUGUUCGUAGUGCCGCUUCCUGCAGAUCCAGCUUUCAUAAAUCGCCAAAAAGUGACUUCUCUCCUUCCCAUGUGAUGGGAUACCGGAUGGUUUUGUCUUGACCGAGCCUUAAAUGGACGAAGCCAUGCCAACAUGAAUCAGUCGUAUAAAGUGGGCGCCAAGGAUGGCUCGGAAUGUCGCCCGGGCUCGCAGUGUCCGCAGGUCACUUCCUGUGGGCUCCAGCAUGGCCCUAAACACUCGUCCUCCUUUGGAUGCAACGUAAGGGAAAUGUCCUCCAGCUGCAGUCCACUCAGUAGGCUGCAGGAAAUGACGGCUAGGGUGAACAUGCCCGAUAUGAGCUUACAGCACUGGGACUUCCACAGGCGCACGAAAGCACACAUACACAGCCCAGAGUUUGGCUUCAGCCUUGUUCACACACCUCAAACCUUCAGUCCUGGUACUGAUGUUGGUGCAUUCAGAAACGUCCAGAAUCUGGACAAAAACGGCUUUUCUCCUGUGAGCUCGGACAGCCUGGAGCACAUCUCUCCAAUCCCCAAUGGAUUCUUGCAUUUUGAAUCAAGCCUCUUUGACAGUGGGGACAGUAAGGAUGACCACGAGGAAGUGGAGCGUGUGGCGCCGUUCAAACCUUCAGCGAGAAACUGCCAGAAAAGGGAUUCUGCGAAUGCAAAGAGCUUCUCUGAUUCAGGAGUAAACCUGAGCUUGAACAGACACGAACGUUUUGACCCAGUUUCUAAAAGUUCUCCACAGCCAGCACCAGAACCUUCUCCUAGUCCUCCAAAGCCCGUUGAAGACAUGCUAAAGGAUUUUGACAGUUCGGACGGCUACUCCGAUAGCGAUUGUGACCUUCCGAGCACUGAGAACUGUGCAUCGAUGUUCAACGUUGGCCUUUCUCAGAGGCCAAGCUCACCUAGCAGCACCUACUCAGAUCCUUCCGACAGCCCAAAGAAGAAGCCUCUUCCAGAAGUGAAGUUUACUGUGGGUGAUGUGGUAUGGGCCAAGUUUAACCGCAGGCCUUGGUGGCCUUGUCGCAUCUCCAUAGACCCCGAGACCGAGAGCCACACCAGGAUGAAAGAGCCCAGCAGCAGACCAUGUCGAAUGUAUUUCGUCAGGACGUUUGGCGAAAUCGUAGACCAUGCUUGGGUUUCUGGGCAAUCCACGUAUGCUUUUGAAGGAGGUCAGCAGUUUGAGAAACUUCCUAUGAUCAGGCGACGAGGAAGACAGAGAGACAAGGGUUACAUGGUUCCAAAGAACUUGAUAGCUGCGUGGGAAGCCAGUGUGCUGGAUGCAGAAGCAGCUCUACCAGAGUAUCUCAGGAGUAAACUACAACUUCCCUCAGUCAGAGAGAUUCACUCUCCGGGUACAGAGGAUAGGACGUGCACCUCUCCGACCUUCUCCGACCUUCAUCUGUCUUCAAAGACUCCAGUUUUCUCCAAUGGACACAACCACACCCUUGACGAUUCACCCAAAACUACGGAGAGAAGCAAAAAGAAAUCACCUGCUAAAAGGAAAAAGAGCUCACUGCUGAAAAGUCCCGUUAAAAUCAAAGACGAAUUGUUCUCCAAGCUGAUGUCAAGCCCCACACUGGACAUUACAAAACCUCCUGCUGCUCCCGCAAACAAUCCGGCGUCUGACUCCAGGGAUUGCCCUUACUCGGACAUCGAUUCGGUUCCCAGGAUACUGUGCCCCAAACGCUCAGAAGAGCAACUUACGGGGUUGGAUAAAGAACUCUGCGCUGAACCAAAGGCAGAACGUGCAAGUACAAAAACGAGAAAGGUUCGCAAUACGGAGAAAGAAACGACGGCUUUUAGAAAGCACAAAGCGAACAACAAAUCUGCAGUCAGAAACAAAAGGUGCACCACUUCGAAUGGCAGGAGCGUGGGCAGCACUUCUCAAGGAUUAUCAGAUGGCACGUUCGAGAUGCACUCUUUCAACUUGCCGGCGAGUUGCGACCUCAUGUCCCGUGCCCUCGCAAACUAUGAUAAAUCCAAAGAGAAGGAUGAUCUUGAGUCUAGCCAUGAAUCCCGAUUGUCUUCUCCGACUCUGUCUGACGAGCAUGACUCCUUUUCUCCCUCCCUGGACGUAUCCGAACGGACAGAACAGCAAUGGCAGGUGAAAACAGAACCUGUAGUCGAUCUGACCUCUCAGCGCUUCGCAAACAAGACAUUGCUCAAGUUAACAAGAAUACGGUCCAGCAGGGAGUCCGCUCGGAACGGGUCUCAGCUCAAAGGUAAAGAUUCCACCGUUAGUCCUGUGGAAUUGCCAGUAGCUGGUUUAAAAAUCAAGAAAGAAUCAAGCAUUUCUUAUUCCUCCUCUUCCUCUGUUUCAUCCCCAUCGCCUUCACCCUUGGAUACUUUCCGGGAACCUAAAGACCUCUCUUUACACUCUGUAAUCAAAGAUGAGUGUAAUUUAGACGACGAUCACAACUCCAACUACAGAUUCACAAACUACCUUAUGCUGUUGAAGGGUUUGCACGACAACCGGGAAAAGGAGGGAAAGCCACUGACUCUGCCCCCUACCUCUCCAUCUGCCCUUAUCAAGCAAGAACCCUCACUCCUUCCCUCACAGCCCAACCUUGAACCCACCGCUCCCGACAGACUUCACAAGAACGAUAGUCAGACUCCUUGGGUAAAGAACAGGCCGCAGGGAAAAGCACGGAUCAGCCUGAAACCAAACAAAUCUAAACCGAAGUCCACAGGAAAAAAGGAGGCUCAAAAACAUGAUGUUGUGAAUAGUUUGCUUCCUUUGGUUUCAGACCUAAAAAGACAGAACAUUUUAGAUGUGGUUACUCCGAGAACAGUGCAGACAGAGAAGCUCUCAACUUCCAGUACAGAUUCUGGAUUUGAUAGCACUGGGAAGGGUGCGAUGUCGGCGGUCGCACCGAAGAAGCGCUGGCAGACGUUCGAGCCUGAGAUUGAGCAAAGGGCAAAGCCAAAGGGUGAUCAGAGCAGCAUGACUGUGCAGGACAGGGUCCUACCUCCUGCCAGACUCAAUGGAGUAAUUGAAGAGAGCCACCAGAGCCCUCAGGUCAAUGCUACAGAGAAGAAGGAUAGCGCUGAGAACAAAAGACUUCGGAAGCCAAGCAAGAGGCUGAUCGAGUGGAGCGAGGACUAUGAGCAAAUCUUCAUUUCGAAGAAGAAAACGAAGAAAACACUUGAGUCCUACAGAACUGUGUCUUCGAUUAAUAACACUAAUGUCAGCACGUGUGAUCAGAUCCCGAAACCUCCAGAGGUUGACGGUUUGAGCUUAACCGCAGGUCAGACUUCGGAGUCUUGGAAAACGGAACCAUCACAGCACGAACGUCAGCUUGGUCUAGAUGAAGCAGAAGACGUUCUUCCUUCGACACCUUUAUCGACGCUUCAUAAACCUCCUGUGGUACAGGCAGUUGAAAAGUCGGUUGAAAAGAAAACAGCAUCUUCAGAAAGAAAAAAGACACGGAAGAUCACGCAUAAAGUAAUGGACUCGACUGGUGAGGAUGAGAUUCUCAGGAUCCCAAAGAAGAAGAAGGAGUCUAAGCAGCAGAGUCAUUGGUCAGAGGAAGCAGUGGUCAAAGAUGUGCAGAUAAACGAAGUGCCUGGAACCACUCUGUCCAGCCCUUCUUCUAAAUCAGGUAUAACACCCAGACCGGGUGACGCACAGACGCCAUUAAAUCAGUCUGCAACGCCUAGCGUCUUCCAGAGCCAAAUGCCAGGAGAGAAGUGCAGUCCAGCUGAGCCCAAACCACCCGAGAGGAAACUACGUGACAGCUCGGGACCUUUACACACGCCGGUGUUUGUUCCAGUUCUGAACGAAAGCGUGGUCCAGACCAGAGACUCAUUAUCUCCUGAAACAGGUCUGUCUAACGGUAAAAAGGCAUCAGAGAAAGGAGGCGGAGCCUCACUGAAGGAGAACGUGUGUCAGGUGUGUGAGAAGACAGGUGAGCUGCUGCUGUGUGAGGGACAGUGCUGUGGAGCGUUUCACCUACAGUGUAUCGGCCUCAGCGAGACUCCUAAAGGACGCUUCAUCUGUCAGGAGUGCACUGCUGGUGUGCACACAUGCUUUGUGUGUAAGCAGCCGGGCGAAGACGUCCGCCGCUGUAUGAUCCCGGUGUGUGGGAAGUUCUACCACAUGUCAUGUAUAAUGAAAUUCGCCCCCACUGUCCAACAGAACCGAGGCUUUCGCUGCUCGCUGCACUUCUGUCUGUCCUGCUAUAUCACCAACCCCACAAACCCCUCCAGCUCUAAGGGUCGCCUGACCCGCUGUGUGCGCUGUCCAGUGGCUUACCAUGCAAAUGACUACUGUAUGGCUGCCGGCAGUGUUCCUCUGGCCAACAACAGCUUCCUGUGUCCCAACCAUUUCACCCCCCGCAAAGGCUGCAAGAACCACGAGCACAUCAACGUCAGCUGGUGUUUCGUCUGCUCUGAAGGGGGCAGUUUGCUGUGCUGUGAAUCCUGUCCUGCUGCCUUCCAUCGCGAGUGUCUGAACAUCGAAAUGCCUGAAGAGAGCUGGUACUGCAACGACUGUCGUGCAGGCAAGAAACCCCACUACAAAGACAUCCUGUGGGUGAAAGUGGGCCGCUACAGGUGGUGGCCUGCAGAGGUGACUCAACCCAAGAACAUACCUGAGAAAGUCUUACGCAUGAAGCACGAGGUGGGCGAGUUCCCCGUACACUUUUUUGGCUCCAAGGACUAUGUGUGGACCUACCAAGCUCGCUGCUUUCCUUAUAUGGAGGGCGACGCCCACAACAAGGAGAAAAUGGGCAAAGGCACUGAUGCUGUCUACAAAAAAGCUUUAAACGAAGCUGCUGAGCGAUUCCGAGAGCUCCAGGCAGAGAAAGAGAUGAGGCAGCUUCAGGAAGAUAGGAAGAACGACAAGAAGCCCCCACCAUACAAACACAUUAAGGUGAACCGACCGAUAGGGAAGGUGCAGUUCGUGACCGCGGACCUGUCAGAGAGCCCGCGCUGUAACUGCAAGGCCACAGACGAGAGCCCGUGCGGCAUCGACUCGGAGUGUAUCAACCGCAUGCUGAUGUACGAGUGCCACCCGCAGGUGUGUGUGGCAGGAGAGAGGUGCCAGAACCAGUGCUUUACCAAGCGCGAGUACACUCCGGUGGAGAUCUUCAGGACGCUGUCGCGUGGCUGGGGACUCCGUAGCAUCCAUGACAUCAAGAAGGGUGCGUUUGUGAGCGAGUACGUGGGUGAGGUGAUCGACGAGGAGGAGUGUCGCGCCAGGAUCAGGCACGCUCAGGAGAACGACAUCAGCAACUUCUACAUGCUCACGCUGGAUAAGGAUCGCAUUAUUGACGCGGGGCCGAAGGGAAACCAGGCACGCUUCAUGAACCACUGCUGCCAGCCCAACUGUGAGACCCAGAAGUGGACAGUGAACGGAGACACGCGAGUCGGUCUCUUCGCCCUAGUCGACAUUCCUGCGGGCGUCGAGCUCACCUUCAACUAUAACCUGGAGUGUCUGGGUAACGGCAAGACGGUGUGUAAAUGUGGAGCGUCCAACUGCAGCGGCUUCCUGGGCGUGCGACCGAAGAAUCAGCCCCCGUCUGAGGACAAGGGCCGCAAAGGGAAGAAAAAAAUGUCUACAAAAAGGAAGAGUCAGCUGCAGGUGGUGAAGGAGCGUGAGGACGAAUGCUUUUACUGCGGAGACGGCGGGCAAAUCGUCUCCUGUAAGAAGCCCGGCUGCCCCAAAGUUUACCACGCCGACUGUCUGAACUUGUCCAAGAGACCUGCAGGUCGCUGGGAGUGUCCGUGGCACCAGUGUAACAACUGUGGCAAAGAGGCGGCAUCGUUCUGCGAGAUGUGCCCCAACUCAUACUGCAAGCAGCACCGUGACGGCAUGCUGUUCAUCUCCAAGCUGGACGGCAAGCUCUCGUGCAGCGAGCACGACCCAUGUGGCCCUGAUCCCCUGGAACCUGGAGAGAUUCGCGAGUACAUCCCGGGAAUGCCCAUCUUAUCCACGCCACCCAGUACAUCCCAGUGCAGUUUAACCCCACCCUCCCCCAAGUUCUACAUCCCACCUGCACCUCUAAGAAGGUUCUACGGCAGCCGGCAAGUGCACUUUGAGGACGAGGUAGUUUUGGAGGAAGACCUGCUUCCCGCCACUUCUCUGUCUAAAGGGGUGAAAGACGACGUCAUGACUGAGGUAGAGGAUGGAGAGGUGGUGGAAGGGAUGAUCGGCGGUGAGGAAGUAGGACUGGAAGUCAUCGAAGACGAAGACGAAGACGAGGAGGUGGACUGUGAGGAUUUCCCAGAUGAGGGCGAAGAGUCGGAAUAUGACGAGGACGAUUGGUAUGAAGACGGAUGCACCGACAAAGACUUUGAUGCUGAAGGUUUAGAGGAUGAGUUGUAUAGGGGGAAGUGAGCAAUUUGUGUUUACUAUUCAUCCAUCCAGCCAUCCUUACAUCCUUCUAUACAGUCACUCACUGGCUCACUAGACGCCGUUGGCUGUCGGGCAGCGAGAUCGGCCAAGUGUCAUUUCUCGGUUAGUUACACAUUGUAGCCUGUAGGAACGAAGCAGGGAAUCUGAUCUCACAUAAGCGCUCUUAUCUGGAGAUCAGCUAGUGCGUGCUCAGCUGGAUGCAAUGCCACUCUUUUUGACUCUAACAGACCUGGGCAACAUGCUGAGCUUGAGACAGAUCCAGUCAGCUUGCCUUCUUUACCCAAGUCCACUUGGGACUGGAAAAAAUUAAGUGGUGCUGUGGACCUUUGGCUGUUCAGUCAGACGGUCUGUAUCGGGUGUAAAGUUACUGUCUGGUGCUUCUUUGUGUUUCUGUUUCGUUUUGUCAUCUCCACCUACUGUUUACAUUUUUAUCUUUAGGAAAACCAAGGACGGGGUCGGAUAUUAGACAGCCGGUUAGCUCGUCAAGAUGACACUGUGUCUUAGAGAACGCAUGAAUUGAAUUGAGAAAAUAUGGACUUUUAAAUGGUUACACUGGUUCUGAUGCCAUAGAUUGGGGUUUGGGUCAUAUUAUUCACACAGUGCUCAAGUUAACACACACACAUACAUGGAAAUAUAUUUUUCAUUUAAAAAGCUUCCUCGGAUCUUCCAUAAAAGACAGAUUUUGUGAAAGUAAGAGUGGUCCAGUGGUUAUUUAAGGAUAACAGGAAGCGUUUUCGAUCCAGUUCUUGGACAUUUAUAGCUUGACAGAUUCAAAGAAUUGAUAUUCUCUUAGUCCAAAUCCUACUUGUGUGCCCUUACUUAGUCCAAAUCCUACUUGUGUGCCCUUACUUAGUCCAAAUCCUACUUGUGUCCAAAUGAUACAUCUCCACUUUAAAUAGUAUUUGAGAUGAUGUCAGAUGAUUCUCCUGCAGCCACAUGGGUGAAAUUUGGAUUGGAUUGACAAGCUGUCAUGUCAACGAUGCACUUUUGGUUACUGAUCAUCCUUUUAAAUAUAAUCAGUAAGCUGAUCCUGUGUGUCCCAUUCACAAUUUGGUGACAUUAAAUUGAAUUAGAAAGAAAAAAAAGCAUUUGGCAAUCACAAGCCCUAACAGUGUGGAUUAUAAAAAUAAAUAAAACAUGAGAGCAAGAGUA